AUGGCGCGAGACGCGGGGAGAUUGAGCAGCAUUAGUAGGUCGUUCUCGGUCGCUGACGUGGCAGCAUCACCGAACGAUCCCAUGGACUAUGACGACCUUCCCGAGACCGCUCGUUAUUAUCACACGCUUAUUCAGAACGUUCUGGCAGAAGCGCCUCGCGUAGCGCUUUUCGAGCACUCCCGUUACACUCACGCCGACCUUUUGAAGCACGCCGACCGUUUGAGUCACGCCGACCGCUCGAGUCGCGUGAAUCGCCGCGCGCUGCAAGCUCUGCAGAACGUGACGCUCGCCCCGAACCGCACGCGUCGCAAGAACCCUCUCGACGGCCUUAACUACUACACGGGCGGUUGGAACCCCAGCAGCAAGGACUACUGGGCGUCGGUCAUGUGGUCAGUAAUAUACGCGCCGCUGCUCGGCCUACUCUGGCUCAUCCUGGGCCUCGGGAUUCUCGGAUUUUCCCUGCUCACCUGCCUGUGUUGUCGCGACAAGUGGACCGAAAUGAGGGACCCUGCAUACGCCAAGUACACCAACAAGGACCUCUGGGUGCCGCUCGGCUUCAUGCUCCUCGGGAUUGUCGCCGUGCUGGUCGGAUUCUCUGUGAUGAUCGCAGGGGGCGUGCAGCUGAGGAACCGAGUGCACAAGGUGACGGACUUUAUCACCGAGACGGUUGACUUCACGGCCAGCGUCGUCUUCAACCUCUCCCGCAUCGUUGAGACCAGCGCCUCCAUCAACAUCGCCAACACCGUCGUCCCACCUGCUAAGAAGGCGGACAUACAGAGCAAAGCAAGGGUGGCCAAUCAGACGGCCACCGAGCUGGAGGCCAAGACGGCGGAUGGCAUCGUCAUCAUCAAUGACGCGCUGCGAGUAGUCACGCUGACAUUCUCCAUCUUAGGCUGUAUCAUCACCGCUCUCUGCAUCUUAGCCCUCUUGUUUUCUCUUCUCAAAUGGGCCGUCGCAUCCAAUGUCAUCGUCACUAUAAUAUGGGUGGUGGUCUUCUUUACUUGGUGCACUACAGCCGGUUUAAUUAUUGCAUAUCUGGUGAAUGGUGAUACCAACGUGGCGCUGGAAGAGGUGCAGCAGUCCCCCACCAUGGUCAGCGCCAUGGACAAGUACCUGCACUGCAUCCCCAGCGACCAGAUUGCCAAUACCACUCGCUACGCGCGCUACACUACUGCCACCGCGCUCACCGUCGCCAACACGUCUGUCACCACCAACGCUCCUAAGCUGUUUGACCUCCUUGGUGUUCCGGGCGGCCUCUGUGUGCCGUACGGCCCGCCUCCAGACUACACACGCAAUGCGAGCUACUGCGCUGACAGCACCACCAAGACCAUCACCUUCCCGAGUUUGGUGGAUGCACUGGCAAGAACGGUCAACAGCAGCGAGAUUGUGCCGGAUGCGGUAAAGAACGACCUCACUGCUGCUGCCACAACGCUCUCUCUGCUCGAGUCCACCAUCCCCAACGUCCUCUUUCUCGCCAACUGCUCCUACGUCGCCGAGAUAGCCCAGUUUGCAUUGGGCGAGGUUCAGGCGAUGGUAACGGAUUUCCAGAUGCUGUGGAUUGGUUUCCUGGUCAUCACCAUCGCCUGCAUGAUGCAGGCCCUCUCCAUGCCUAUCUACGUCUUCCGAGCCGUCAGGAUCGGCCACAGGCUCGGCGACGACGAAGCCGAGGGGCUCUACAAGGCUUCAGCUGUUCCAGUUGCAUACCCUGCAGGGGUCCGUCAUGUGGUUGGUGGUUUGCGCGCCGCUGCUCAGGCUGCUCUACUUGCCGCUGUUUUGUUCCUGAACCUUACACCCCUCCCCACCCCUCCCCGCUCCGACCCGCUCCCCCAGUCCGUGUCCGUGGUGUGGUCGGUGGUGUACGCGCCGCUGCUCGGCCUUCUCUGGCUGAUCCUGGGCCUCGGGAUUGUCGGAUUCUCGCUGCUCACCUGCCUGUGCUGUCGCGACAAGUGGACCGAAAUGAGGGACCCCAAAUACGCCAAGUACACCAAGAAGGACCUCUGGGUGCCGCUGGGCUUCAUGCUCCUCGGGAUUGUCGCCGUGCUGGUGGGAUUCUCUGUGAUGGUGGCAGGAGGAGUGCAGCUGCAUAACCGCGUGAACACGGUGACACAGUACGUGACGGAGCAGGUGGACUUCACGGCCAGUGUGAUCUACAACCUCUCCAACAUCGUGGAGACGAGCUCCUCUAUCACCAUCGCCAACGCCGUCAUUCCCGCUGACAAGAAGGCGGACAUUGAAGCCAAGGCAAGGAAAGCAAACGAGACAGCCACAGAGCUGCAAGCCAAGACAGCGGACGGCAUCAACCUCAUCAACAACGGCCUGCGAGUCCUUUCCAUUACCUUCUAUGUCAUUGGAUGCGUUAUCACUGCCCUUUGCAUCCUCGCCUUACUGUUUUCUCUUCUCAAAUGGGUCGUGGCUUCCAACAUCUUUCUCACUCUAAUCUGGGUGGUGGUUUUCUUGACUUGGUGCAUGACAGCUGGUUUACUGAUUGCAUACCUGGUCAACGGUGACACCAGUGUGGCGUUGGAGCAGGUGCAGCAGUCCCCUACAAUCAGCAGCGCCAUGGACAAAUACCUUCAUUGCAUCCCCAACGAGAAGCUCUUGAAUGCCACUCGCUACGCGCGUUACACCGCUGCCACCGUGCUCACCACUGCCAACACCUCAGUUGUCACCAACGCUCCCAGGCUAUUUAAGAUUCUCCGUGUGCCGGGCGGCAUCUGUGUGCCGUACGGCCCGGCGCCCAAUUUCACGCGCGACACAAACCUCUGUGUUGACGGCACCAUCCUCUUCCCGGAUUUUGUCAACAUGCUCAUGACGACAGCCGGCAGCUCAGUGCUGGUGCCUGAGGUGGUGAGGAACGACCUCACAGCCACGGCACAGACGCUCGCGCUGCUCGAAUCCACCAUCCCCAACGUGCUUACCCUUGUGGACUGCUCCUAUGUCGCCAACAUUGCCAAGUUUGCAAUGUCGGAGGCACAGGCGAUGAUAACCAAUUUCCAGAUGCUGUGGAUUGGCUUCCUGGUCAUCACCAUCGCCUGCAUGAUGCAGGCCCUCUCCAUGCCUAUCUACGUCUUCCGAGCCGUCCGGCUCGGUGACAAACUCAGCGACGCCGAAGUUGAGGGACUGUACAAGGCUUCAGCUGUCCCAGUCGCAUACCCAGCAGGUGGGGAGGGCGAGGGCCAGAUGCCAAUGAACGAGCCUAGCUUUGCAGAAGGCUCUGACAACUCGUAUGCGGGUGAGAGCGGUGCCGGUUAUAAGUAA